CAUAUAGCAAAAUGUCACUUCCUACUUUGGCAAAGUCAACAAAAAGCCCAUUUUCAAUAAUAAUAUUCAUUCUCCAGUAUAAUUUCUAAUUAUAGUGCCGCAAUACCCGAUGAUAUAGUGCGAAAGUGGGCCCCGCUAUCUUUAAACCCUUCCGCGUUCCACAUUAACCCCCCCGAUAAGAUGUGCAACGCGUUAAUAUGUGCUUUAUUAAACUCCAUCGAUUUUUACAUAAGUGCCAUGUACUUUAAAAAUAUGUGUAACAAAAGAACUAUGUAUUGUCAGUGAUAUCGUAUCACUUUUAAACGCUCCUUAUCAGAACCUACAAAAACACAAACAAACCAACGAGACGUAAAUUCAUUAAUGGCAGCAGCAUCCUUGAAGCGAAGUCGUUCCAGGCGCCGCAUAGCAGCGGUUUCCUUUUUAUCGAAUAUUUCAUUGGACGGCAGUUAUAAGGACACCAGGUUGGCUCUGCUGCCUAGAAAUGGGGCUAUCACCAAGCCACCUUUUCCCUGUGGAGAUUUUAUUAUCGAGGAAGGUAAUGACGAAAGUUUCAAUGAGUUAGAAUCUGAUACUUUAAGCAGAAAGAAGGCACCAAGUACAGCAUCGAAUAAUGAUGACAACUCGGACUCUGAUAGCAUUGUAACACCUUUGAAGGGGGAAAUCGAAGAGAGUGCUAAGAAGAGAAUUUUUAGGGACAGAUUAGCAAGCAGUAGUGAUUCAGAAAAAAGAAGCACUGGCAAAUUUCAAAAGAGAUUGCCGCAUCAAGUAUCAACAUGUAGUGAUUUAGAGAAGCAAACUCAGGGUAGCAGUUCUGAAAGUUUGGAACCAGUGAGGCUCAGGGGUAGUCCAUCCCCCGCUCUAUUACAAGAUCCCCCCAAAAGAAAAGUAAGGAUAUUAAAACCCAAUGAGCAUACCAGAUUUGGGGACGAAAGAAUUUUGAUGGUUACUGCCAAGCAUGUCCCUUUUAUGGUUUGUUCCUUUAUCCCUUACGCUAAAUCUAAGUCAGACUUUAAAAGGGAAGAGAAGAGAAAAAGAACCACUUCUGGCACAAGACCUUUGUCAUCAAUUGGUGAUGGUUUGGACCCAUUUGAUUCCUUGGGUAUAGAAAAGACUUCCGAAGGCCAAGAAGUUUCUUUUGGGUAUUUAUUGACUCCCACACAUCGGGAAGCUCAAGCAAGGCGCACCAACACCAUUGAUGACCCUACUGAGCAAGCAAGUGUUACCAAGAAACCAAGACAUGUUGUUGCCAGGACAAAGGUUAUAACAUGGCAGCCAGAGCAUAAAUGGUGUUUCUCAUACGAACCCUCAGGUUCUCAACGUGCCACGGCCCCAGUGAUUUCUCACUCACCUCCAGACAAAGAAGAACCGACCGGAAGUCUCGCUUAUCACCCCCAUCUCCUAGACGAUCCGGAACUAAUAGCCGGAAAACACCGGACCUUGUUGACUUUCGCCUCCUACAUGACUUCAGUGAUCGACUACGUAAAACCGUCCGAUUUGAAAAAAGAAAUAAACGACAAGUUCAAGGCCAAGUUUCCCCAUAUACAGCUCACCUUAAGCAAAUUGAGAAGCAUCAAGAGGGAAAUGAAAAAAAUCGUAAAACACGAGUGCAACAUCGACCUGUUAACGGUCGCCCAAGCGUACGUCUACUUCGAGAAACUAAUUUUAGGCGGCCUGAUUAACAAACAAAACCGGAAAUUGUGCGCCGGUGCCAGCCUGAUGUUAUCGGCCAAACUGAACGACGUCAAAGGGGAUCAACUGAAGCUCCUCAUUGAAAAAACCGAAAAUACUUUCAGGGUAAACCGCAAGGAGUUGAUAGCGUUCGAAGUGGCCGUUUUGGUCGCGUUGGAGUUCGGUUUGCACGUGCCCACUUGGGAAGUUUAUCCCCAUUAUCAGCGGCUGUUGUGCGACUCAUGACCCUUGCCCGAACCCUCCGCGGGGGUGUCUUGUAUGAACUUGCCAAUACCGUUUGCCAAACGCAUUAUGUUUUAAAGAUCUUUUUUUAACUAUCCCAUGGAGUGUUUGUGUUUUUUUAACGUUUAAAAACCGGAAAAUAUGUACAGGGUGUUCCGAGAAAAAGUAUGCACAUAAGGCUUUUGAAUUUUUUGUGAAACUUAAAGUUGUGAUUACUUUAAGAGGAUCUUUAAUUCUCUCACUUUAAACCCCUUAGGGAUCUCAACUGUUAUUGAUUCCUAUAAAAUCAAAACUCGAUAUAUCAAGUCAGGUUUUUGUUGCUAACAAACCAAUUUGUCAGACUCAUCAGAAACUAAGCACAGUGGUUUCGUCGUAUUUGGUUGUAAGAAAGGAAAAACCUACCAUUUUAAAAAUACCAAAUUACUCUACGCACUUAAAAUGACUUUAUGGUUAAAAAAAAACCGUCAAAACAAACAUUUGUUGACAAUUAAGGGUAAGAAAAUUUAAAAAAACCAAAUCUCCACUGUAUAUACAUACAUGAUUUUUUUUCUUACCCUUAAUAAUAUGACACUCCACCCUGAAGAAUACCUCAACUCUCUAAUUGUUGACACAUUAUAAAUUAAUGUCAAAUAAACCUCAAUUAAACUUUACACACUCUGGAAAGUGUGUAAAGUGAGUACUUAACGCACGAUAGUAGAAAAAAAUAUUUAUUUCCAAAAGAUCGGCAAAAGGGAGCAUAUAAACGACACUUGUUUGUACAGAGUGGUCCAAAUUCCAUCCUCAUCAUUGGGGUCUCGAAAACCGUAAGAGAUAAAAGGUCGGUUAAAUUAUGGCAAAGUUGGUAAAUUUCGAAUAGUUCCGGAAAAAAACGAAAUCUGGAAAAAUCUUUUUUAUUUUUUAUGACGUUGUUUAAAAAUCUUAUAAUAAAAUAAAUAACACUUUGUUAAGGACACUUUUUCUCCUCUACAAGAUGACGUUUUUGUGACACUAGUACGAAGUUUAUCAACGAUGAAUUUUCCCGACAGAUGGCUCCAUAACUUACUACUACUUUAUAUAUAUUUACUUUAUUUAUAUACUACUUUAUAUAUGCGAAUACUUGAGCAUAUAUAAAGCAUAUUAUAUAAUUUCGCAGCUGUCUGAAAAGAUAACAUAAUUAUUACAUAAUAAAAUUACAGUGCAAUUCUCUUAAAACUAAAAAUUGUUUAUAGUUAUUAUGUAUACUAAACUCUUCCUGAUCAAUCAUUUGAAAGGUGUAUUAGAAGAGCGCCAACCACCUAGAGUAAAGGUUCAGAAACUGUUUUCGAUCAGGCGUAGGCAAGAAACAAGGUAUAUAUUUUUUUAACAAUGACCGUUUAUAACAAUCCUAACUAAAUUUAAAUAAAAUAUAUCAAUGAUCCACUUAACCCAUUAACGCCCAAAUUAUUUUUUUUUUGAAAAUCAUUGGAAAAAUAGUCUUGCCAUGUUAUUUUAGAUAAUUUUUAGCCAAAAAAAAAAUUUAAAAAUUUUUUUUGUUUUUUAGUUUUUCCAAAACAAGAUGAUCUAUAAAUAGAUCGCUGGGCAAAUAAUUGAAUUUUUUUUUAUAAAAAAAUAUGUUUUUUAUUACUGUAAAAUUGUACAAUAUCUAAUUUUUGCGGUGAUAUUUUACAAAACAAGUGGUGCAAAGAGUAAUGUUACAUUUUUUGCAGUAAGUAAGUGGGCGACUUUUACAAGAAGUGUAUUGGCAUCUUCUUUGAUUGGUUCUCUUUUCCAAAAAAUGCCCCUUGGUUGAUGGUAAGCUCAGGGGUCUACCUUUCAUAAUACUUCGUCCAUGACCAAGCUUGAGGUAGGUUACUGCAAUCUCGCGCCUAAAAUCUUUUAAAUUUAUUGAUUUCUUCCCAUUGAUUCUUUGGUAAAGCUGCAACGAAUUUAUUACUGCCAUAUCUAUCAUCCUUGUGAAUAAACUCCUGUACCACUUUUUGCCUCGGAUGGCGAUGCUAUGCUUCUCCAAAAGCCUGUCAUGGUGAUCCACUCCUCCCAUGUAUUUAUUGUAGUUGUAAACUACAAUAAAUACAUGGUUGGGAAACUGGCAUGCGAGCUUUUUCCUUCCUAUUCCAGCGUGGAACUGAGGCUACUGGCUCUACGUGAUCAAAAUUAGUGGCCAUUGAAACACACUUAUUUGAUGUAUUUCAUUUUUGAUGUCGAAUCUAAAAUCAUAUGAUCCACGAGGCAUUUUUUCCAGUUCCUUGGUUGAUUGUAAUGGACACUGGGCAGUCCGAUUUUCCCUUAUCGUGCCAGUAGCUCUAAAUUUAAAUUCUUUUAGCUUGUGAAAUAGCCUAUGACUACUAAAAAAAUUAUCGAAGUAGACGGAGUAGCUUUUCGGAUUUUCCAUAAUUGAUAGCAUUUCUACAACUACCCUGGUACCCAAAGGCUCUUUUUAGUGAUUUUCUUCUUUUCCAGCAUAAAGUGAAAAAUAAAAGCAAUAUCCGUCUUCGCCACACAUUGCCCAUAGUUUAUAGCCAAAACGGAUUGGCUUGGCUCUAAUGAAUUGUUUUAACGAGUGCCGACCAUAAUACCUAACAAUCAUUUCAUCAAUUGACAGAUUUCCUUGAAAAAUUUCGAAUUUUUUAAAAUUAUUAUUAUUAACUUUUUCAAAUAAUGGUCGUAUUUUAAAAUAUUUAUCAUUUGUGUUGUCUUUAGCUUUAGUAUUGUCGACAAAAUGAAUACAUGAUUUUAUUUCCAAGUAGGCAUUUCUACUCAUAACAUUUUUCACGAUUGAUUGGCCCAAAUCGUCUUCAUCGGACCAGUAAUCUCUUUCAGAGGGUGAAGUAUGAUAGCCACUAAAUAUCAAGAAACCAAUAAAAAUCCUUAUAUCAUCUUUUGAUAUUAUAAAUCCAUGUCGAUUCGUAACUGCAUAGUUAGUAGUUUGUUCCCUUAUCAUGCUGUAAAUUUCAUCAUCGAAAAAGUGUUCAAAUAUGUUUACCGCAGAGAAGUCUUUCAAUGUAGCUUUCAUAUCAUUCUCAGCUUGUAAAAAAUCCUGUUCGGCUGUUUGAAGAUUAUAUUUAGGGUCAGUUUUGAUCCAUUUAGUUUCAAAUUUUUGUGGUUUUUCAAUUUUUGCUUUUUUUUUCUCAGGGAGUAGACGUGGCAAUGGUAAGUUAUCUUCUUCCUCGAUUUCGUCAUCUUCAUUUGUCUGUAUUUCUACAUAACCAGUAAUAUCUUCUAAGAUAGGAAUUCCAGUUUCUUCAUCGUUAAAUACUUCCUCAUCGGUUAGCUCAUCAACAUCGGGUGGCAACGCUACUAUGUCCGCAUCUAUUUGCUCUGAGUACAGGUACUGCACUGCAUCUUCUAGAUUUUUAAAUAUAUUAGGUUUGCUCAUUUUUAUAUCUAAAAUAAAAAAAAAUCUUACAUUAAUAUAAGUUAUAAGUAUUUUUUAGAAAUUAAAUUAAAAAAAAAUCUCUGUUUAUCCCAGCGACCUAUUUAUAGAUCACCAUAAAAAUCAGUGUUAUAAAAAGUUUAAAAAAAUAGAAACAUGCAACAAUAACCAUUUAGCUACAUUUAUUAAACCCCUCCUAAUAGAAAUAUAAUACAUAAUUUACCUUACAUACAUGAAGCAACAACCAAAAGCAUAGGUAAAACGAAGUAGCCAUCGUAACCAAUUUUUUUUUAAUUAAAAUUUAUCUAAUUCAGCAGUAUUUUCAUUUUCUAAAAGCAUUGUACGAACUUUUUUCGUAAAACUUCUUUAACAAUUACUUUUCAAUUCAAACAAUUUGUAUAGAAAUUAUAUUGGAGAGUCUGACCCCGCUGUGUUAGAGGUGUUUCUGGCCUAUUUAUCAUUGCUUUUAAUAGAUUAUUUCGUUUAAUUAUUGUAUUGUGAGAAUGAUUUACUACGUCAUACUGAUCUAUAUUUUUAUAGACAAAUAUAUUUCUUUUUGGCCUGAUGGCGAUCGCUAAUAUUAUUAGACUCUUUAUAAAGAAAUUCUGUUGGAUAUUGAAAUUUGUUUGCCAUAUAUACUUUUCAAAAUUUUCUUUCGAAUAAUUUCUAAUUUAAUUAGUAUAUUUUUAGCGCAUCACCCUAACAAUAACAACAAGAUUUCCUUAACAAUUUAUGAUUCAAAAAGACUAAAAUAUAUCACCCACAAUUGCGGAAUACUUAGUAUUUCCUUAAGUCUCUUAAAUUUAAAUAUUAGACCCCUUAUUUUUUGCCCCAAACAAUCAACCCGAUAAUCGUCUUGUAAGUGAUAGAUAGUCACUAAUUCCCAAGUACUACUAAAAUGAUCUAUCUAUCAUGAAAUCUAUAUACUACUAAAAUGAUUAGUGGUAUAUAGAUUUAUACAGACUUUAUUAAAAAAGUCUAUGUAUUAAGUAUGAAUCAUUCUUCGAGCAAACUUGAUUAGUAUGUGCGUGCUAUGGUAAUAUAUUAUCUGCCUUUACCCCCAAAAGAUUCCUUAAAGCUGCCUAUUUUAUACUUUUACCAUUUUCAAAAGAAAUGAAAAUGCUUUGGUCAUAUAUCUAAUUUUUAGGUAAAAAAUGCGUCAGUUCAGUUUUUCUUUGCAUUAAGCGUUAGCAUAUUGUGUUCCGUCCAGUUUACCAUCUUAGGGACCAGGGCUUUGCAAUCCAUGUUAGAGCUGCGGACUCCGUCAGUUAAAUUUGAAUUUAUUUAUUUAAGUGCUGUAUCUCGUAUUCCAACUUUUUCUAAUUUAUGUAAAAGAAAUCUUGUGUUCUACCGUUUCAAACACUCGGCUAAAGUCAAAGAAACAAAAACUAAGUACAUAGUUUACUCUAUCAUACAGUUCACUUUCUGUGUUUUUAUUUUAUCAAAAAACCACGUUGAGCAAUGUUAAAUUAUUUUGUCAAAAUUUAAAAUUUUCUUGUACAACGCAUUUAUCAUAAAAAUUUUCGCUUUUUCGCACAAAAAACUUCAUAUUUUAUUAAUUUUUUAACUUAAAAAGGAACGAUAAAGAUGGAACUGCCUAUAUGGGGUAACCUAAGAAUGCAUUAGAUUUUAAUAUAAUUAUGACCAUCUGUGGUAAGACAGGGCAAGGUGAGACAAUAUGACAACGUCCUUUGAAGGAAUAAAAACUUAUAGCUCCGAUAAAAAUAAUUUUUUGUAAUUGUUUUUUAGGUAGAUCUAUUUUCUCAAUAAGAGAAUAGAGUUUAAUCAGGUGGUUGAUUUGUCUUUUUCUGUGGGGUUCUCAAUAUAUAUACCUUUAAUAAUAAACGUCUUUAUUGAUGAAUGUAUACAAGUAUACGAAGUUUAACUCAAAAAGUUACUAUUCUUACUCUGUAUUAAAAAUGAGUAUUUUAUUUAAAGCAAUUACAAACAUUUUGGUUUAGCUCACUCCUUUUUCUCACCAAUUCUAACAGUCGAGUUUUCUUCUUCUAUAGGGCUCAAAUAUUAAAUGAGACAGUUUUUGCUUUAUUGUCUUAACCUUUCAUAAGUUAGUACUAUGAAUCGAAAGUUAUGUCAACUGUCAACUAUUCUUGACAGAUAUUGUCAUUAACUGCUAGCAGAAAACUAUGAAGAUGUAAUUCUGGCACGAGAGUUGCAAUAUAAGGUAACUGAAAAUGAGUUAUUAUACCCUACAUGUUUCGAUUUUAAAUAUGCUCAUCCUCAGGGGUUCAGAAUUAGAGUCUAUGAAGCCAGCUGCUCAACUAAUGGCUAAAAUUGAUUGACUUGAAGGUUCAAACAAUUUGAUUGAAAUUUAAUUAAUGGUGGCAGAAUAACAUUUAAUUGGGUUGAGUCAUUAUUACUCUAAUUCUAAACCCCUGAAACUAUAAACUUAUAAAAAGUAAAGAAGAUUCAUAGUAUAGGUGAUGAUUUCUGACGAGUGUGCAGUUCAUACGAAAAUGUUAAAAAUUUCACAAGAAAACUAGGUGCUUAUCUCUGGUUGGAGCACCCUGUAUAUGAAAAUAUGUCAAUUUACUGAUUUUAUUACAUUUUUAUGGGAAUUUUCUUUAUCGAGAAAUUUAGUGAGCUUUAUAUACUUAGUAAGCUUUUAGUUUAGGAUGUACUUAGAUUGAAGGUACUUAAGUAACCGCUUAAAUGCAAAACUUUGCAUUUACGUGGAGACUGAUAUUAAACUAAAAAUGUCCUAUUAGUCUACUUAUUACUAGUGACUAUGCCUUUUACUAUCUACAAUCGGAGAAUUUUAUGGAAUUUUCGGCCCAGUGAAUUUAUUUUAUUCUAAGGAGAUGGAUUUUUAUAUUAUUAAAUGUACAGAUAAUUUUAUUCGAUAAUUAUGUUUUUAUGUUUAUAACAUCUUUUUGUUUAAGUUUGGAUUUAUUGAAAAUAAAUGUUAUUUAAAUGA